CAGCAGAAGCAUGUCUGCCUCCGACUCGAGUGCCACAGGACUCAUCUGUAACAAGGGUUCAGCCGAUUCCUACACUAGUCGACCCUCUGAUUCCGACCUGUCCCUGGAGGAGGACCAGGAGGCGUCUCGGCGUGAAGCCGAGCGCCAGACUCAGUUGCAGCUGGAGAGAGCCAAGCCUAAACCAGUAGCUUUUGCAGUGAAAACCAAUGUGAGUUACUGUGGAACCCUCGAUGAAGAUAGUCCAGUCCAAGGUGCUGCUAUUAACUUUGAAACCAACGACUUUCUGCACAUAAAAGAGAAAUACAACAAUGAUUGGUGGAUCGGUCGGCUGGUGAAGGAAGGGGCAGACAUCACUUUCAUCCCGAGCCCAGUCAAACUGGAAGCCAUGAGGAUUAAACAAGAGCAGAAAGCAGCAGCAAGGAAAGGAGGGAACGCUUCAUCGGGAGGCUGGAGGUCCACGCCGCCAUCUGCAGCCAAACAGAAGCAGAAACAGACUGAGCAUCUACCUCCAUAUGAUGUGGUUCCUUCUAUGCGGCCAGUGGUGCUGGUGGGCCCUUCACUGAAAGGAUAUGAGGUGACAGACAUGAUGCAGAAAGCCUUGUUUGACUUCCUGAAGCACAGAUUCGAUGGCAGGAUCUCUAUUACACGGGUGACUGCUGAUUUGUCUCUGGCGAAGCGAUCAGUGCUGAACAAGAAGGCCAUAAUGGAGAGAUCCAACACGCGCUCCAGUCUCGCGGAGGUCCAGAGUGAGAUAGAGAGGAUCUUCGAGCUCGCCAAGUCUCUUCAGCUGGUCGUCCUGGAUGCAGACACCAUCAACCACCCAGCGCAGCUUCUCAAGACUUCUCUGGCUCCCAUCGUUGUCUACGUCAAAGUGUCCUCGCCUAAAGUUCUUCAGAGGCUGAUCAAAUCUCGAGGGAAGUCCCAAAGCAAACACCUCAACGUUCAGAUGAUGGCAGGGGACAAGCUCGCUCAGUGCCCGCCUGAGAUGUUUGAUGUCAUCCUGGAUGAGAAUCAACUAGAUGAUGCUUGUGAACACCUCGCAGAGUACCUGGAAAUUUACUGGCGGGCUACUCAUCUCCCCUGUUCUGCCCCUGUAAACCCCCUCCUGGACCAAAGUGUGAUUACCCCUCCCUCAGCCAACUCCAGCCAACAGUUCUCUGAGACUCAAGAGUUGAUAGAAUGAUCACUACCACCGACAAAGUGAGCCUGUGCUGUCGGCUGGGGGUCAAGACUAGGAAGUCAUAGAGCACAGGGACCAGGGCGCCACCAGGGGGCAGCAGCAGCCCUCACCUCUCCAAAGCCAGCUACCACCUUCCCUGGCCACACCUGUAGGGCAAAGAAAAUAACAGGAGCAGAGUCCCUGGAGAGGGAGAGAGAAGGUUGGCUAUCUGGAGGAAGAAGAGUCACAAGAACAGGGAGAGGAGGAGGAGGAGGAGGAAGAUCUGACUGGUGCCAAAGGAGCCUCCGCCUCACUGCUGCCCCCUCGGCAAGAGCUCCCUGCUCCCACUGCCACGUGACAACUCAGGGCCGCUUUCUACAGCUGCAAGCAUACUGGUGAUAGAAACCGGUACAGCGGUGUAGCCCCUGCACACCACCUUCCCUCACCCCUCACUCUCCCUCUCACCCUGACAUCGACCUUACUCCAGAUUCCCUGCUUUCACAUCGGAUGUCACAUCCUGAGCUAGCCCAUGUGUGUUUAGACGCCCAGAGGCGGCCGUCUCAGACACAGAUCGGCUGAUUCAGCUCACACUGUAGACAAACUGCACACCUGUGAAGUCAGAGUAUGUUAGCAAAUGUUACUGUAGCACAGCAGAGCUGUCAGUAAAACACACAACACAAACAUGCACAGUUUAAUAACUUAGGCUUCCCUGGGUUUUUGUAUAAACCUGACUUCCCUAUCUGACCAAAAAGAGCAGAAAGUUACAGAAAUCCAGUUCUAUGUGUCUUCCAUCUCUAUAGUUCUCUGUGAGCUGUCACUCCAGUUUUAAAUGCUUCCUCUAAGGCACAGUUGUUUCUGUCAGUCUCAUCCUUUAUCAAUCACCUCUCGCAUUGUUUUCCAGGAGCCUUUCAAAAUGAUUAUCUUUAUUCAUUUACUUGUUUACAAUAACUAUGUAUACCACUAUCUACAUAUCUGUCUGUACACAACAAACCAACACAUGACAAGCACAGAGAUGCACAUCGACAGUGUGUGCGUACAUCUUUUGUCACAGCUGUGAAUGUAUGAAUGGCUUAGGAAGGAUUAUUUACAAUAACUGUGGUUUGUGUGUAAAUGGUUGGUGGGAAAUCAUACAGUAGAUAAACUUAAAUGAAAAUACAAUUAAAUUGUCACAGUCACAUAUAUAUAUAUAUAUAUAUAUAGCUUCAAAUGGGAUUCAAUCCAAUCACGUUAUACUGAUCAUACUGUAGAGUAGGUUCAGUAUUAUUUCUUCUUUCUGGCACAUUUGAUCCACUCAGAGAUAUAAGUUGUUGCAUAAACAGAUAUCAAGGGAUUCGCUCAUAUUUAGCAUAUGUGUGAAUUAAUCCAGAAAUGAACAUACAUCGCAUGUAAGAUUUCAGGUCAUGUUCCUCAGUUUUAAAGUAGAAGGUACUACUGAUCUGUCCUGAGUUACUUCACUAUUACAAAUUAUUACUUAUGUUAUUCUGAUCUUCAGUUUUCUAAGUGAACUUAAAAACACCUCAUUGAGAUAAUUUACUGAAGGAGUUCCCGAUAGCUUGUUAUUUGUUGCUGAUACCAUAUCAGAUGUGACAUAAUUACACUUCUACUCAAUGGUGUAGUGGUAGGUCAAACAGUGGAGGGACCGUAAACUCCUCUUUUCACUUUUAACACACUGUGGUAAGAGACGUUUUCAAACGUAAUACUGAGGUAGAAGUACAAAUAAAUAGACAAAAAUGGUCUCAAGUAAAAGUUCAACAUCGUUUUAUAUUUUCUACUCGAGUAAAAGUAAGUACUUGCUUUUAAAAUAUAAUUAUAGUAUUUAAAGUAACUUACCGAGUGUGGCUUAGUCUUUAAUGCAACAGUCUACUACAUCAUUAGGGAUGAGUCUUGUUUAAGUACAGUAAAUGUACUUUAUUACCUCCCAACACUGCAUUUCCACCCUCCACUACUGGAAAAGCUUGACCCGACCAUUCGGUCUCUGAGCACAUCGACACACUGAGAAGAGUUAACUCCUCACAAGACUGAUAAAUAAUUGAAUGUCUUUUGGCAUAAACAGUACUGCAGGCUUAUAAAGACACGGAGAGCGCCCUCUGGUUGUAUAUUUAUGUUAUUAUUAGAGGUCUUGUAUGCAAACAAACAGCAAGAGACAAAAACACAGAUCAGGAAUAUGUACACUUUUCAAUCAUGAGAGAAUUUUAAUGUCUUGGCAGAAGUUACCAAACUUUGCAAAGCCAUCAUUAAUCUCUUUAAUACAUCUAUUUGCUUCAAUUUCAUGUUUCACGCUACUCACAAAAAUAAACGCAUCCCAAUUGCAUCUGCUUCCACCAUGUAAAACUAUAGAGCUCAGCUAACAGCAUACCACACAUGUAAAUGAUACGAUGUAUGUGCAUGACAUAUUGUAUUCCUGUUUCAUCAGAAGGGCUUUUUAGGACCAUAAUCGCAUUCACUUGUUAGAGUAAAUCCACAUAAUCAAUCACCUGUAUGCAUUAUCACAGCUUGACUGUACAUAGUGUAUAUUCAAUAUGCAGAUAUUAUUAUUAUUAUUAUUAUGAUUAUUAUCAAAUUGCACAGAAACAACAAAUGCAGGCAGGAAGUAGAACGGUUUUAGUCACUAAUCUUUAUUCAGCGCCCCAGAGAGCAUGUUGUUUAUAAGUAUUUUUCCUCUGUUUUGAGAAUGAUGCACUGCAGUUAUUUAGAACCACCGUACAGAUCGCUUCCACUGACACCCACAUCCAUUUCUAAAGGACCAGGUUUGAGCUACAUAACUUCUUCUCGACGAAACAUAGAGAGCACAGUACCUUCUUUGGAUUAAAAAUCUAAACAACAACAAAAAAUCUAAAUAUCAGCUCCUCCUGUCUGAUCAAUCUGCCGAAUCGCAGGAAAUUUCUACAAAAGGUGAAUUAUUCUUUGGACGGCCAAAGCACAAUUUUUUACAAGUAUCAUUUCCUAUUGUGUUUAACUUGCCUAAAUUCUGUAUGCAAUACAAAGUCUAGACACUAGCUGAGACUAUCAAGAUAUCUCCUCAGUUAUGAUGGGGUAUAAUUGCACUACUAUCAUUUAUAUGUCUGCUUUACGAUGCAAUAAAUGCACUAGAUGUUAUGCUGU